UAAUCGUAAUAAAAUAUUAAAAAUUUAAACGAUUAUUAAUUUUUUAUUCGAUGGAUUUUUUUAUCAUUUUGCCAAAGGCUUCCUGCUUGAAUCAUAUUAACCCAAACAAAACUUGAGGCCCAAUGGUAGCCAGAUAAUUUAAGGGUCCAUCUGUCCAUUGGGUCCAUAAACGGACACGACCCAAUUUUAGAGGAAGCUACAAGCUUAACAACAAGACAAUAACCGCAGUCAACCAAUAAAGUCCACGUGGAGUCUGGAAGUACAAAGAACAAACACUCAGCACCCUCCAUUUCUCGCCACGUGUCUGAUCACAUACACUCCAACCGCACCAUACUACUUCCUCCCGCCCCUUUUCACAACUCUUUCUUAAAAAAAAAAAAAAAUCUGAAGAGCAGGAGAAAAAUGGAAGACGAAAGAUCACGCUCACUUCUUCAGUUAAUGGUAAAUGAAGGACUGGUGCCAAAUCCAGAAGAAGAAGAGAAGAGGAAAAAUGUCAUUGGACAACUAAAAGAAAUAGUAAUGGUGUGGGUUAAGAGAGUUGCUUGGCAACGUAUGCUUCCAAAACAAGACAUUGCAGCAAGCAGUGCCACCGUAUUAACAUAUGGCUCUUAUGGCCUUGGAGUUCAUGGUUCGGAGUCGGACAUUGAUGCUUUAUGUGUUGGUCCUUACUUUGCCACUAUGGCAGAGGAUUUCUUUAUUGUUCUAUAUAACAUACUUAAGAGCAGACCUGAGGUAUCUGAGAUUCAUUGUGUGAAGGAUGCGAAAGUCCCACUAAUGCGCUUUAAGUUUGAUGGAAUCUCAAUAGAUCUUCCCUAUGCGCAGCUUAAAGUAUUAGCUGUUCCUGAGAAUUUGGACAUUUUCAAUCCGUUCUUUCUGAGGGGUGUUGAUGAAACUAGUUGGAAAAGCUUGUCUGGAGUGCGUGCAAACGUGCAGAUUCUUCAGCUUGUUCCAAACUUGGAGAAAUUCCAAUCAACGUUACGAUGUGUCAAAUUAUGGGCGAAGAGACGAGGAGUGUAUGGUAAUUUAAAUGGGUUUCUUGGAGGAGUUCAUUUGGCAAUUCUUGCAGCUUUUGUUUGUCAGUGCGAUCCAAAUGCCAGUUUGAGUGCUCUAAUUUCAAAUUUCUUCAAAACAUUUGCCUUCUGGCCCUGGCCUACGCCAGUAUUGCUGCAAGAUGGAAUGUUGCAAGCUACUGAAAAUCCCACAGAGACACAGUUUUUUAUGCCCAUUCGGUUGCCAUGCAGUCCAUAUGAAUAUUGCCAUUCAAAUACCACCAAAAGCACAUUCUAUAAAAUCAGAGCUGAGUUUCUUUGAGGCCAUAACUUAACCAAGGAUUGUCUGAAGUCAGAUUUUAAUUGGCAUGAUAUAUUGGAGCCUUUUCCAUACACAAAGAAAUAUACCCGAUUUGUCAAAAUUUUUCUUUCAUCGUCUAAGCAGGACGAGCUUGGAGACUGGGUGGGUUGGACAAAGUCUCACUUUCGCUGUCUUCUCUUUAAGCUUGAGGAGGUACAGGGUCUUUGUGACCCUAAUCCUGCAGAAUAUAUCGAUGAGGACAUAGCAGAGCUGCAUGUCAUUUUCUACUGGGGCUUACAACCAGGCAAAAGUAAUGCCAUAGACAUAGACUCUGUCAAGGAUGAUUUCUCGAGUGAUAUCAGUAAUGGCUAUCAUGGCCCUCUGGGAAGAAUGGAAUUAUCCAUUGUGCAAGCUUCUCAAUUACCCAAGUAUACUCAGUUUGAUACCUUGAGCAGGAAAGGAACAAAAGCUUGUUGGAAGAUGAUUGACUACAACCAACGACGGAUCCCUAUAUACUCACAGCAUCUUCCACACUAUGUUGUUGGAUACAUGUCCACAAAUGGGGACCCUAAUUUCCCAAGUGCUGGGGUUUAGAAUUUUAUGGUGUAUGCAGUGAAAUUCAAUUUAUUUUGCUACGCUUGUUUUAGAAUUUUAGCUUUCAAUUUUUCAUGGUUGCAUGGUUCAUGAUAGGAUCAAAAUGGAAAUUGUAUAAGAAGAUAGGGAAAUAUAUGAUUGAGUUCUACUGUAAAUGAGACUGUAAAGCUUGAAAAUAAACUGGCGCAGGUAGAAACAGAAGAGGGGUAUUGUAUUGGAUCUUUUGCAUUAGAUACAAAGAGAAUUACAGAAUCAAUGCAUUUUUUGGUUUUGGCAAAUGUAAAUUAUUUUCUGACAAAUGAAUUUAUUCAUAUUUUCUAUGGAAGGGACAAGAAAUGGAUCAAAAGCUGGUAAUGGGGUUGCAUCCUCCUUUUAAGCUUUU